AUGGCAUCGCCCGUCUCGCAGAAGCUGGAGGAGAAGCUGGUGUGCUCCAUCUGCCUGGAGCUGUUCAGGGUGCCCGUGACCUUACCCUGCGGCCACAACUUCUGCAAGCACUGCAUCAGCAACCACUGGCACAAGCAAGAGCAGGCACCCACCAGGGCCGAGAAGGACUACACAUGCCCCGAGUGCCGCACGAGCUUCAACCAGUACCCGGAGCUGAAGAAGAACGUCACCCUGUGCAGCGUGAUGGAGCUGGCCCGGGAUGGCGAGGCAUGGGUCUCGGGCACAGAGAGGUGUGAGGUGGCCCGCAGCGAGCUCUGCCCGCAGCACGGGCGUCCGCUGGAGCUGUACUGUGAGGAUGAGCGGCGAUGCAUCUGCUGCGUCUGCACCGUCCAGCAGUGCCAGCAGCAUCGACGGGUGCUCUUCGAGGAGGAGCGCUUGAAAAAGCAGGCCCUUUUGAAAGAGUCCCUGGAAAAAGCCCAUGAAGAAUCGGAGAGGAUCAAGCAGGUGAUGCAGGAGCUGGAGGAGCAAACGCGCAGCAUCAAGGACUCCUCCGAGGGGCUCAAAUUGGUGACUCUGAACAAAUUCACCAUCCUGAGGAAAGCCCUGGAGAAUUUCCAGUUGUGGACAGUGGCUAGGAUCGAGGAAGAGCAGGCAGCAGCGCUGGGGCGCAUAGAGGAGGACUGGAGUCUUCUGAAGGACCGCCUGGACAUCCUCGGCCAGCACAGGGAGAGGGCUCAGCGCCUGCUGGCCUGCUCCGACCACAGGACUUUCCUUCAGGAGUUCCCCCUGCUCCCAUCUCCGGGGAGCCCAGAGGUGCUGCUCCCCAUGGAGUUUGAUGUGGCUGGCGUGAUCAAGCCCAUCGCUGAGAUCAUCACUAACAUCUCCAGGCUCCUGCUGGAGGACCUGCCCAGCUCUGUGGCCCACAAAGCCCCCGACCCCACUGGCCAAGACCCAGUGCAUCCCCAGGAGCCGGCGGUGAAGGUGGCGGCCCCUCUCCCUGCGUGCCAGCUCCGAGCUGAACUUCUGAAGGACCACCGCAACCUGACCUUCGAUCCCGAGACAGCCAACAAGUACCUGGAGCUGUCAAAAGGUAACCGGAAAGCCAAGCACGGCCCCAGCGCCGUCUGCGGGCAGCAGGAGCAGGGACCCCGCUUCGAGCCCUGGCAGGUGCUGUGCACGCACGGCUACGGCCAUGGCCACCACUACUGGGAGGUGAAGAUCUCCAGCCACUCCGUCAUUCUGGGGGUGACCUACCGUGGUCUCCCCCGCAAGCAGCAGCAAGGUCACAAAUUCAACAUCGGGCUGGACGGGGGCUCGUGGGGGCUGCAGGUGCGGGAGGAUUGCUACCUGGCCUGGCACAAGGGCCGGGCAGAGAAAAUCCAGGAGCAGCUGUAUAUGAACCUGGGGGUCAGCCUGGAUUACAGCAAGGGGCUCCUCUCCUUCUACGGCCUUGGGGAGAGGACGCGGCUCAUCCACUCCUUCCACAGUGUCUUCACCGAACUCCUCUAUCCCGUCUUUUGGCUGUGCGAGGGGCGAGCGGUGACGCUGUGCCAAAGCGACUGA